AUGACCGCGUGGAACGUGUUCCGACUACUGGGAGAUGUCUCCCAUCUCCUCUCAAAAUGCAUCUUGAUGCUUGCGAUACAUCGCAAUAGGAGUGCCGAGGGUGUCUCCCUCAUCACGCAAGGGCUAUACGCUCUCGUGUUCUGCACGCGAUAUCUCGACAUAUUUUCCGAGCAAUCAGCAUGGAACUUUAUAUUCAAAAUAUUCUACAUAACAUCUUCCUUUUACAUUAUAGGCAUCAUGCAGUGGGUCUACCCACGAUCCAGAGAGCGUGAGAUCUCCUGGAAGGUCGGCGCUGGUGCCCUCGGCGGCGCGCUCCUAGUCUCGCCCUUUGCUAUGCUUAUCUUGGAGAGCUACUGGAGCUUCCGAGUGUGGCUCUGGGACUUCUCUCAGAUCCUUGAAUCCGUCUGCGUGCUCCCUCAGCUCCUGCUCCUGCGCCAGACCACCGUCCCCACCGUCAUCGACUCCUUCUACCUCGUAACUCUCGGCUCCUACCGCGGCCUCUACCUCGUCGGCUGGAUCACCCGCGAGCUUGACAUCAACGACAAGGCCCCGAACCCCGUCUCCGUCAUCUUCGGCAUCGUCCAGACCGCCCUGUACGUCGACUUCGCCUGGGUCUACUACACCCGCCAGCGCGUCAAGCUCCGCAACGGCGGCAUCGUCGACGCCGACGACAUGCGCCGCAGCUGGCUCCUCAACCGCAUCUUUGGCAAGCGCGUCGACAUGCACUCCGACGACGAGGAGAGCGCCCCGGCCCUCGGUGGUGGCAACGAUGAUUCCCGUCGUGGCGGACGGCCCAAAUGGGGUGCCCGCGGCAUCUCCGUCAGCGCAGACGAGGGUGUCCUCGACACCGAUAGGGAUAACCGCCGCCGCGACGAGGAGCUCGAGGAGGGCGUCAUCGACCCCGAUGCCAAGAUGCAGGACCCAGAUGAGCUCGCUCGGGUCCUGGACGACGACGAAUCUGACUCAGACUCCAACAAGGCGUCCGGGAGCAACGGACGUGUCAAUGGCGCGCCGAGCGGUAUUCAGAAUGGCCAGGAGUGGCGCGACAACUAG